AUGACGUCGGGAAGCUCAAAAGCAUCGACGGUGCUCCUCCCAAAGAGAUCACGAACAGUGAUCAACCACUGGAAGGAUCUCAUGGCCGUGGCAAGCCAUGCUUACAUCGCGGCAUUCCCCCCCGCUGCAGUAUCUAUCAAAAAGUACUUUGACUACAUCUUUGGUCUCCCUGGCCUUUUUCAAGCAAAGGUCAAUUGGGAAGACGUCCGUGACUUCGACGUCGAAAUGCGCAAGGAGUUCUCCUCUCGGCCAUGGCUGGUAUGGGGUGACUAUACCCAUGAAAGCCUCAGGGGCAUCGACAAUCGGGUGCUCUACAGCGCAGCCAGCAGACUUUCACGAACCGCCCGAGCAGCUAUACCAACAUCUCUACCACCACGGGCCGAAACUCAAUCAACUCCUUAUACGACCAAAGCACCUCGCCCAGCUCAACCAAAAAAGCCCAGAGGUCGCCGCAACAAACCCAACUACACCGUCAAACCAGCUAAGGGCGUAUCUAUUGCUGAUCAAAUUUGUAAUAAUUGGAAUCUCGGUGUUUGUCCCCACGCAGACGAUGAGUGCGACAGAAUACACAAUCUGUGCAACAAAGUUGGAUGCGAUGGCACUCAUCAAGGAGGCGUCGCUCACAAAUGA